AUGAAUACCGCUACUACCCAAGGGCAGAAUGGCUCGGUUAGUUAUUAUUUUGGUCUUCCUUUAGCAUCGUUGUACCUCAAGCCAGGUUCUGAGAAGGAUGUACAGAUACCAGGGUCAAUUCCCGCAGCUCAGGGGGCUCCAAAGAGUGAUCAGAUUAUUAGCCUUUUCACAUGUCUAGCUAUAAUUUGGGGAUUUAUGGUGACAGUCGGACGAGGUGUCAUGGUGCAACAACGGAUGGACCAUCAAAAUACCGGAUUUCUCCCAGUUCUCAUCGGGAUCGGCGAAUGGUUCAGCAUCUUCGACAUAUCCUGGGUUGUGUGCUAUACUGACCACCGGCUGCGGACUUCGGCGCCUCGGAUAGAUUUUGAAGCCCACUUCUCUGAAGAUGGGAUCCUGCAGGGGUCUCCAACCGCCUCGCUGCUAUGGCUGGAGAUGAGCUGCCUCGACGCGAUAUAUGGAAUUGGAAGUCUCCUUCAGUUAUUUUGUGAUACAAUCCGCGCUCGUAUGAGCCACCAGGAAGCGUCUCAGUCAGGGGUUGUUCACGAUGCCGCAGAUGGGAAUGGGCACUCCGAUGACAAUGCAAUACCUAUGGAGACAUGGGCAACAGGUGGCCCAGUAGAUAUGACAAAUACCCCAACGGACGACGGACCAGUGUCCAACAGCUUCAACCGAGUUUGGAAUAAGACCGGAUUGUGGCUGAGAGGAUGGCUAGCACUUGCAAGGGUAGCAACUGUGCUGGAGUGGAAGUACAUGUUUAAGUUUGCGCCUGCCAGCAGCCAGGAAAAUUUGGAAGCGGGAGGAGUACAGGGUAGUAUCCCUGAAAGGCUUCCUGACAUUCAAUAUCCACGAGUCCAUCACUUAUUUUCAGAUGAUCAGGAAGAACAGAACAGGCUCAACGAUCUCAUGCGUACAUCGGACAGGUUACUCUUGGUAUAUGGACCGUAUAUUAUGGAAAUUCAUAAUUCCAAGAAAGCCCAGGUUCCACCACUUCAAGACCUAAAGUUCAAAGCAACAGCCCGUCUUGUCUUUCUCCUAACUUUAUCGAUUUCAGGGCUCAUGACCAAAUCCAGAACAUGGGCUUGCGGCUUUUUGAUAUUACUUGUUCCUCUUCUUCUUCAUUCUCGUAUUGAGAAGCAAUCUGAGGUGCAGAGGGAGUUCUUUAACAAGGUGAGCGAAUGCUCGAGGGAAAUCGAACGUACCUCACGAUACCUCCACGGCAAAUACGUCGAACCGCAACAUACGUAUUGGGCGCAGAGACCUUUUGAUGUCUUGCUUCGCUAUAACGGUGUCAUGGCUUGGUGCCGGUAUAGCCCUGUACCUCCAGGAGAAGAAAAUGAGAGACAAAGUGGGAACACUUGGAUUGAGCUAGUCAUCCCAAGCACGUCUUCCAAGUGUAACCGUGUGUAUAAAUUUAUCGAUUGCGCCGCCCACAGCUUUCUCCCUUGGGGCCAUUGUGACAACUGGGACGUUAACAUUGUCUAUGCUUAG